AAGAAUCUCGUCUUACGUGUGUAUAUCACUGUAUCUAUAUCUGUAUCGUUCAUCAUCUUCUUAAUUCUGAUUGAAUUGUAUUGCCUCUGAGCUAUUCUGAAUCGGGUGUUUCUGCUUUUUCUGGUGAUGACACCGCAUCGCUUCUGGUAAACGGUGAGCGGAUCAUGGUCCAACCAUGCUAAUUGUUCAGAUUCCACGAGCCUUGAAUCAUCAAACGACUUGGGAUGUAAAUGUGCUGCGUGAAACGUCUCCCUGCAAGUCAAAACAUGUUAAUCCACUGAUUAGUACUCACGGUUUUUCCAGCCUCCACUGUGGUCCCAAUAACGGGGCUCGCAGUUGUCCUUUCUUUCUGAACUACGCUAAUAAGUUGAAGCCUCUCUAUCUCUCGCAAAAUUCCACUUCGAGGACAUGGCUGUGUCAUUCGCAAGAUGCUAUAUCGCCUGAAAACGAGUAUCGCUCCUCGCGGAACAUAGCUAUCAGCCUGUUCAAACGAUACAAGUAUUUUGCUGAGCGUGGAGGAGGUGACAAUCUAAAAGAGUUCAUCAGUGCGGGAGUAAAUGCGUAUGCGCUGGGAUGUACGGAUGAAGGUUUAAGGAAAGAACUUACUGCUCUGAAGGAAUCUGGGGUCGAGAUUGAAGCAAUGCAAAUAUACGGUGGAAGCACCAGUCUGAAGUCCAAAAUUUUCUCGAGUGAGGUUGAUGAGUGCAUUUUGUGGUUGAGUAUCAUAUUUAUCACGAUAUUGUGUACGCCACAACCAACCAUAGUUCGAUGGUCGUCCACUCCUCCUGUUUCGGAUGAAAUGAUGGUGCAGUGGAAAGGCUUUUGUGCAAUCAUAGCUAAUGCAUAUUUCAUGAGAGGAAUGGCAUGGCUUCCGGUUAAAACGCUUCAGCUAGAGCAAAUGGCAGUUGUGGGACAAGCCGAAGAGGCCUCAGUGGUGGCGAGCCGGAUGGGACUGGUGUUUAGUACGCUCGAGGUUGUGAGUCCACAAUGGCCAAAAGUCUGACACAAGAAACUACACAUAAAAUAGAGGCUCCCUGAUUUGUAUGGAGAAGCAGAAGAUGUAUUAAAAAUCUUCAUGAGCAUUAUGUAGUACAGGUGAACCAAAAGAUUACAUGAGUUUCAUUUCUACCCUUCACUUCAAGACUUUUGAGUGUACUUUUCUGUAAUUUUAAAAAAUACCCACAAGUUCUGGCGA